CUGACCUCGUCUCCUCCAUCCUCGGGCCCGAGUCCCCAGUCCCCACUGGGCAGCACACUCCCUCUCCUCACAACCGUGCGCGCACCCAUGAGCGAUGAGAGCUCUCGCCUCGCCCGCCGCCUCCUUCAUCCCGCGAACCCCGAACCCCAGCGCGAACCCUAGUCCUCGCGCGCCUCUCCGCGCGGCGGCACUCUCGGGGAGCCCUUCCGGCCGCGCCGUCGUCGCCGCGGCCGCGGCCGCCACCGGGGACCACUGGGGCGCCGACCACCACCACCACUACCACGGCGGCGGCCGUGCGAGCUCGGAGGAGCGCGCGGCACACAGCGUGAAGUGCGACGUGGACGUGGUUUCGUGGCGUGAGCGGCGGGUUCUCGCGUCCGUGGCCGUGGCCGCCGACGUCGACACCCUGUGGCAGGUCAUCACCGACUACGAGCGCCUCGCCGACUUCAUCCCCAACCUCGUACACAGUGGGAGGAUUCCGUGCCCGCACCAAGGGCGGAUAUGGCUGGAGCAGAGGGGUCUGCAGCGCGCGUUGUACUGGCACAUUGAGGCCCGCGUUGUGUUGGAUCUCCAGGAGGUCCCCGAUUCGAUUAAUGGACGAGAACUCCAUUUCUCCAUGGUUGAUGGCGACUUCAUGAAGUUUGAAGGAAAAUGGUGCAUCAGAUCCAGUCCAAGCAGGUCCUCUAGUGCAAUUUUGCUAUAUGAAGUUAAUGUGGUACCAAGAUUUAACUUCCCAGCAAUUUUUCUUGAGAGGAUUAUAAGAUCAGAUCUUCCUGUGAAUCUUCGAGCCUUGGCUUGUAGAGCUGAAAAGAUUUAUUUAGAAAACCAAAGGCGUGGUUCAAGAAAAUCUGCCGGUGCGGACUCCAAGUCGUCAUCUACUUCUCAACUCAACUUAAAUAGUACGACAGUUGAGACUGAUGCUAUUUCUUCUAGUAAGUUCAAAGAAGCACCUCCCACUUCUGGUGUUAGUAGUGUGCUUGCUUCACCUUCUUCUGAGUUGAAUAGCAAAUGGGGUGUAUACGGAAACGUCUGCAGACUUGAUAGGCCUUGUGUUGUAGACGAGAUCCAUCUUCGAAGAUUUGAUGGGCUCUUGGAACAUGAUGGGGCUCACAGGUGUGUUUUUGCUAGUAUCACUGUGAAAGCACCAGUUCGAGAGGUAUGGAAUGUUCUCACGGCAUACGAGAAUUUGCCCGAAUUCGUACCAAACCUGGCUAUCAGUAGGAUUGUUCUUCGUGAUAAUAACAAGGUCCGCAUAAUGCAGGAGGGUUGCAAAUGCCUACUUUAUAUGGUUCUUCAUGCCCGUGUUGUUAUGGAUCUUCGCGAAAAACUUGAGCAAGAGAUCAGCUUUGAACAAGUUGAGGGCGAUUUCUACUCAUUUAAAGGGAAAUGGCGUUUAGGACAACUUGGAGAUCAGCACACCCUGUUGAGGUAUAUGGUUGAGACUAAGAUGCAUAAGGACACCUUUCUCUCCGAGUCUAUCCUUGAAGAGGUCAUAUAUGAAGAUCUUCCAUCAAACUUAUGUGCAAUCCGUGAUUAUAUUGAAAAGGCUGGAGCUGAGAGUAGCAACUCCACAACUCACUCGGAUGCACCUACAAACCCAGAUACUGUUGAUACUGAUUAUGCAGCAAGCAGGCAAUCAGAGCAAGCAUCGGCAUCUUGUACUUCCAGUUCUAUGAAGCAGAGACCAAAAGUCCCAGGCCUGCAAAAAGACAUUGAAGUCCUCAAAUCUGAACUUGAGAAUUUCAUCGCAAAGUAUGGUCAGAAUGGGUUCAUGCCUAAGAGAAAGCAUCUUCGGUUGCAUGGAAGGGUGGAUAUCGAGAAGGCAAUAACACGAAUGGGUGGGUUCAGGAAAAUUGCCAGUAUAAUGGACCUUUCCCUUUCUUACAAAAAUCGAAAACCAAAAGGUUACUGGGAUAGUCUGGAGAACUUGCAAGAAGAGAUCAGGCGAUUCCAGAAGAAUUGGGGAAUGGACCCUUGUUAUAUGCCAAGUAGAAAAUCAUUUGAAAGAGCAGGGCGUUACGACAUUGCUCGGGCAUUGGAAAAAUGGGGUGGGGUGCAGGAGGUUUCGCGCCUUCUUUCCCUUGAACUAAGACGGCCUAGAAGGGGAGCUGACUCAUAUGAUGAGAAGCAGUCUGAAUCGCCUUCUGGCGUGACAAAGAAGCACGGAAUAAAGCCAGAUAAACCCAAUAUGCCCCCUGAUGCACAGAAAUGGCUCCUGAAGCUGAAGGAUUUGGAUGUCAACUGGGUGGAAUACUAGAUUAAGCUCCUAGAAAGGAACGCUCUCUCAUGAUUCACUAUUUCUUUUCCAUCUUCGGAGAGGAUCUGGGAGCACUCUGCCAAUCAUGCUGUAAAUUGUGUACAGAAAAAUACAACGCACAGGCCAACACGGAACUAACCCAUUUCUGAAGCUACCAACAGGUUUUUCAUUUGUC